AUGGCAACUCUUUUAGCGGCUCUUCCAGUUGGUCUCUCAGCUCCCUCACCUUCACUUAGUCAAGGAAGCUCACUUCCACAAUGUGCAGCUGACCUCACAUCCUGUAGUUAUCCCUCUUUAUUAUCACUUAACAACAUGGUUUACUUUGCUGGAUGGCUUGGAACAAGGUUUGUCAAGUUUCAUGCAUGUGAAAACGUGACUCAGCAAUGGGAUUUGCAAAUCAAGAAUGACACUUUUUCCGAUGAGAGCCAAGUGUUGUUGUAUUUGAGUGUGAAAGGAACGGUUGAAGGAGACUUUGGAAGCCUCUCAGUCCCUUCCCCUUCCUUUGUUUCUUUCGUUCAAGCUUGUGAGAAGGUUUUUGUGGCGUCAGUUGACAGUCUUGUUUUAAAAGAAGGCGUUGGGAAGGCAUUGUGUAUCACUCUUCAUGAGAAGGUCGAAAAGCUGCUGACUCUCUGCAGUGAGGAUGUCUAUGAUGAUUUAUUUGCUUUGUUUGCAAGCGUAAGGCUUUAUCGGUUUGCUCGUAAAAAGAAUACUGAGCUCCUUGAUACAGCUGCGAGACGCAAAACCAAGCAACAAGUUCAGAGGCUGUGCAGAUGA